AUGGACUCGAUUCUAUCCAUUGUGUCUCCUAAAUCGCAAAAUAUAUACUUCAAUCUACAAGGUGACAGCUACGCUCGACCAAUUUUUGGAAUUGUCGCUUUCAAACCACCCCAAGGCGUUGAGAUUACGGCUUCUAUGCAACUUAAAGUCCAACUGGUUCGCACCAUCACGUCUAAUGCGAGCCCAUCCUCCACAUGCCAUAGUCAAGGACUAUUGGAAUGUAUGCGCCGCCGCUUUACAAAGACAGAGCCCACAGAGAUCAAAAGAGCAUGCUCUAUUGUAGAAGAGGUCACACAAGAUGUUCUUCUUCCCCCGAAUAGACAUACCAAUGGUCCAUCCAUGGGAGACCAAACCAUUCAAAUCCCAUUCACACUUCCUAUACCAGUCGACAUUCCUGGGUCCGUGACUACAAACCUGGGGGAAAUCUCCUACGACCUCAUUGCUUCCGUGAUCACCGAGAAUAAUACCCUUGCCAGCAUAAGACAACUUAUUCACUUGUCCCGUCAAGGUAUCUCAGAUGAGCCAACCAUCGAAUAUGCACGAUCCUACCCGAAUUCCACGAUGAUCACUCAAAUCAGUCUCUCGCAACACCUCCAUACGAGCUCGAAGUCAGAACUCUACUUCUCCAUGAACAUCAUACUCCGAAGACCAAUAGCCAGUGGAGAUCGUGCAUCGGAGUUCAAAUGCUCCACAGUAAGAGGAAUUCGGUGCCGGGUGGAAGAAGUCACGAAACUGUUUACCAAAUCCGAUGGAAGUACCCAGGAAGUUGAGCGUGUAUCUAUACGCGAACUAUGCAAUGGAAGACAGAAAACGCAUUGGGAUAUAGUUGAUAAUUCCCUUGACAUGCAACAAGACGACACUUCUCGAAGCGGCUCAGUGGAUAUUCUGUUCGGGUUCACGAUUCCAAAAAAUGCCAAUCCCGCACAGAGGACUGACUUGUCUUGCUAUGCCUUUGACCCAGGGCACUUGGAUCCUAAGAUUUUGCCCACGGAGCUUCGGGGAUAUUACAUAUCUACUACAAAGGAAAGACUGGUGAUGACCAUUGAGCAUCAAUUGAAGCUUGACUUGUUAAUGGGGGAAGACACCUUCGAACGGGGCACCAUGAACCUUGUCGAUCGCAAACCUGUACGCAUAGCUUUGAAUGCGUCAUUCCCGUUGUUUAUUGAUGGAUGCAAUGGCAAGGGUAUAGGAUCAGCGGUCUUGGAAAGACAUCCGCCUAGAUACGAGGAGGUUCCUAUGGCGCCUCCUGACUAUGAUAAAUUUGCUGGGUUGUCUUUGUCAGAUGGAAUUUAG